AUGAUUAUUAAAGGACGUUUAUUUACCUCUGCUACAACACAUUGUACUAAAAAAUUAUUACAUUUUGUCAAGAAAAUGGCGACAAAAGACGGGCAUGAUAAUCUGGAGAAUAUUCGUCAAAAUCUUUCAACACCCAGUUUAAGUCGACAGUUUUAUCCGGCAGCAGCAGUGAAUAAUCAUGAUUCAAUAAUUACUGUACUACAAUGGAAUAUUUUAGCUCAAGGUUUGCACGGUGCAGAAGGGAAUUUUAUUCGUAUUACAAAUCCGGACGUAGUUAACUAUGAAAUAAGAAAAUGGAGAAUAUUAGAACAAAUUUUAAUUUAUCAGCCGGAUUUAUGUGCCUUAGAAGAAGUUGAUAUUUAUGAUAAAUUUUUGAAACAUGAAUUACCAAAAUACAAGUAA